UAAGAAGGCGGCUCCAUGAUGCAAUUAGUCAGCGCCGGCUUGCCGUCGUCGCAUUUCCGGUUCCGGUCGAGAGCGGAGCCUGAGGAGAAGGAGGAAAAGGACAUGGCGGCCAUGGCAGCUUCGGCGCUCGGCAAGCUCUCCCGGCAGGUGGCGGCGCCGGCUCCGCAGGCCGGGCUGAGGCGGUUCUUGUCGGCCACGGCGGGGCAUGGAGAGGGAGGCUCCGCCCGCACCUGGAAGAUCCUGAGCUUUGUGGUUGCCCUUCCUGGGGUUGCCGUCUGCAUGCUGAACUGCUAUCUGAAGGCUCAGCAUGAACACGAGAGGCCCGAGUUCAUUCCCUACUCGCACCUUCGCAUCCGGACCAAGCCCUUCCCUUGGGGUGACGGGAACCAUACUCUUUUCCAUAACCCCCAUGUUAAUGCACUCCCAACCGGCUAUGAAGACGACCAUUAAGUGAACGGACCACUGGCCUGUAAGGACCAUUGAAGGUAGCUGGACCAGAACCUAAGCUGGGACCCACUAAUAUAAAUGUUCUGCAUUCCAUGUACUGUCCAAUUAUGAAUGGCGUUCUGACCUCUGGCAGCGUUUUGCUGGAGGCCACUUAAAAAAAUAAAAUACAUCUGUUCAAGCUUUCCUCUGAA